CUUGUUAUACGCCGCGACUUGCACCAGUCUUUAUAUUCUAGCGUACAGAAGCAGGAACAUGAACGAUAUCGGUUGGGUCGCGUACCAGGAGAUCAGCUACACGUUCAUACUUUGGGUGAGCAUCGUGGUCAGCUGUGUGUCCGUAGUUUUCGGGUUUGUUCACACGAAGGACUUGAGGCAGAUUAUACGAAGGUGCGAACAGGUGGACGACACUCUGGAGUCGUUCAGCGUUAAGCGGGAGUACACAAAAUUCUUCUGGAGCGUGGUAAGGAUAAUCCCGAUAUGGAUUUUAACGAUGUUCUGCCUCUACGCGGUGGACACCUACUGGAUGACCGACGAGUUGGGCGUCAUGCACGGGAUACGACUCUGCUUCCUCGUGCACGUCCCCUUUACCGUAAACUCGAUGGUGAUACUCAGUUUCUGCACUUUUAUGAGAGUGUUAAAAGAUAAGCUGCGUAAAUUAAACGUGGCGAUGUGCGAGGUGAGCCGUUUGUCGAACGCGGCGAACGAUGUGGAAGCCAAGUACGUGAAACAUGACUCGCGCGCGAGCAGAAAGAUUGUGGUGGCGAUGAAUUACGUUAAUAGGAAACGGGUCGUCCAACAUUUUCUUCAAACCUCGAGGCACGUCCAUCUGGAGAUCGUCAGAAUUUCCGACGUGCUAAACGGCAGUUAUUGCUACCAGCUGCUGCUCGAACUGGUGGUGGAGUUCACGUUGAUAAUCGGACUCCUUUACAACGUCUAUUUUGAAUUGAUGAAACUGAACAGUCCCUCCGAGAUUUGGGGAAACAAGGGCAUCGCAGCUAUGAGUUUCUGGCUCUUGAUGAAUGUGGGGAAAAUCGUGGCCGUGAACAAUUUCUGCACCGCACUCCAUAACGAGGCAACGGUAACUGGACAGUAUCUCCGAGAGCUGGAAGGAUCUUACUCGGAUGAGAAUAUCAGAGAUGAGAUGCAGCAGUUCUCCAUGCAGCUGGUUCUGCAUCCCCUCUGCUUCUCCGCGGGUGGCUUCGUUUACCUCAACAAUCGGCUCACAAAAAUGUUUUUCGGAACGAUCAUGACGUACAUGGCGAUACUGGUGCAAAUGAGCUCGACGCCCACCGCUAUCCGAUCCCUGACCCAAGUCGUCAACGACUGAUCCACUUACAUAUUCAUUAACGAAUCAACGUCUCGAUCUUAUCGUCAGUUAAAAAUUCUUAACAUAAGCGUGUGACAACAGUUAUAAAUUAGCGAGAAGCGAUA